CUCCGACCUCCGGCUGCAGAAAGCGGAGAAGUGUCAGCACCCCUAUUGUCUGUCCCGGGGAGAGGCCACUCCUGUGGAGACUCCCGGCGGGGGGACCCAAGCCAGCCCUCGUGGCCUCAUGCAUUAUUGAUAAUAAUGGCUGUGUCUCUUUAACUGGGAUUGGUUUACGACACCAUGUGUGCGUGUGUGAGUGUGUGUGCGUGCGAGGGAGCGAGUGAGUGAGUGUGUGUGAGUGUGUGUGUGUGUGUGUGUGAGUGUGUGUGUGGUUGGGGGGGGGGGGGGAAUAGAGACAGCUUGCAUCUCUCAUCCUGUGCUCUCUGGAUCCCAGCUAGCUGUUUGCUGGGGAGGAGAGGGAGGAAACACAUUUUGCUCCCUGCAAAACGGCUUUAUUUAUUUUUGGGACGAACCUCCAGCCUUUCCCCGGGGUGGGGAGAGCUCAAAACAGCCAAUUCUGAUCCGAACCAAGGAGCUCAGCUGCUGCCUCAGAAGCAAGAGAGGAGGGGAAAUCGGCCUUGUUCGGGCUAGGACUGACCCCGGGACUGCCAGAGACUAGAGGGGGGGUCGUCUGGCUGUUUUCCUCUCCUCCUCCUCCUCCCCCCUCCCCCCAGCACGGUAUUUUUCUCCUUCUCGCUUUCAUGCUCAUCUCCACAUGAAGGGAAGACUCCCUGCGGACGGCAUGGCAUGAGCCCGGAGCCGGCGCGUGAGAGCGAGCGUGGAAGAUGUCGAACCAGAGCGACGGCAACACCAAGCCCCCAUGCUUACCCCGGAAUGGCCUGGUAAAGCUCGCCAGCCAGCCCAACGGCCUCAGCUCUGCCAGCAUCACCAAAGGGACCCCAGCUGUGAAGAACCGACUCUGCCAGCUGCCCCCUGUGCCUGCCCUCACCAGCCCAGCCUUCCCAGUGCCCACUGAAAGGCCCCCACCCAGCCUGGCGUCCCCCCUCUCCUUAGCUGCCUUGGCAGGGGGGCCGUGCCCCUCCUCGGAGCCCCUUGCCGCUGGACUGUCCCCCGGUGAGAGCCCCAGCCAGGCUCCCGCAUCUCCCACAGAGAGGCAGCCCCUCGCAGUGGAUGAGAAGAUCCUCAAUGGUCUUUUCUGCUACUUCUCCGCCUGUGAGAAGUGCGUGCUGGCCCAGGUGUGCAAAGCCUGGCGGAGGGUGCUUUACCAGCCCAAGUUCUGGGUGGGCCUCACCCCGGUCCUGCAUGCCAAGGAGCUGUACAAUGUGCUGCCCGGUGGGGAGAAGGAAUUUGUGAACUUGCAGGGUUUUGCCACGCGCGGCUUUGACGGCUUCUGCCUCGUCGGUGUCUCGGACCUAGACAUUUGUGAAUUCAUUGACAACUACUCCCUGUCAAAGAAGGGUGUCAAGUCCAUGAGCCUCAAGCGGUCCACCAUCACAGAUGCGGGCCUCGAGGUCAUGCUAGAGCAGAUGCAAGGCGUAGUUCGUCUGGAGCUGUCCGGCUGCAACGACUUCACGGAGGCGGGCCUGUGGUCCAGCCUCAAUGCCCGCAUCACCUCGCUGAGUGUCAGCGAUUGUAUUAACGUGGCCGACGACGCCAUUGCCGCCAUUUCUCAGCUGCUGCCCAACCUGGCCGAGCUGAGCCUGCAGGCGUACCACGUCACGGACACGGCCCUGGCCUACUUCACGGCCAAGCAGGGCUACACCACCCACACUCUGCGGCUGCACUCCUGCUGGGAGAUCACCAACCAUGGCGUGGUCAACAUGGUGCACAGCCUGCCCAACCUGACCUCCCUUAGUCUCUCCGGUUGCUCCAAAGUCACCGAUGACGGGGUGGAGCUCGUGGCUGAGAACCUAAGGAAGCUGCGCAGCCUCGACCUGUCCUGGUGCCCCCGGAUCACCGACAUGGCCCUGGAGUACAUCGCUUGUGACCUACAUAAGCUGGAGGAGCUGGUGCUUGACAGGUGUGUUCGAAUCACAGACACUGGACUCAGCUACCUGUCCACCAUGUCUUCACUUCGAAGUCUCUACCUACGAUGGUGCUGUCAGGUGCAGGAUUUUGGACUGAAACACCUCCUGGCCAUGAGGAGUUUGCGCCUCCUCUCUCUCGCAGGCUGUCCCCUGCUGACCACCACGGGGCUCUCUGGCCUGGUGCAGUUGCAGGAACUGGAAGAGCUGGAACUGACCAACUGCCCUGGAGCCACCCCCGAGCUCUUCAAGUAUUUCUCCCAGCACCUACCCCGAUGCCUGGUCAUAGAGUAGGGGCCGGGCCGGGUUUGGCCCCAUCCAUCUUGGGACUUGACCCCUCUUGCCCCACUCAGCUUCCUCCCUUCUCCAUUCAGUCUCAUUGUCCCACAGGGACCUGGGUCAUACUCCACACAGGACCCAGGAGUCCUAGGGACCCAGCCUAGCUCUUGCCCCACUCCACCAUCGCUCUGCCCUCACCAUCCUCUGCGUCAAUUUGCCAACUAACUCAAGCCAGGAAUAGCUAGGGGGUGGGGUGGGGAGUAGGGGGAGGGCAGGUGGCUCCCCUGGCCCAGGCCAGGAGCUGGGGGUUGGAGUGAUGGGGGGAGAGAAGGACAUGGAUCCUUCUUCUUGACUAGGCUAGGAAGGACAAGCAGCCACAGGAGCUGGGCCCGGCUUCCCACUUCCCACAUGGCUACUCAGAAGCUCAGGAGCAACUCGAUCAUCCCCCACCUGCCUUUCUGCCCCCCAUGCUCUCGACUCCUUCUGUCCCUACAUUCCUGGAUAGGACAGAAGCAGUGUGGGGAUACUCUCCUAUGUGGUAGGACAGUGGCUCUCCUUGGUGGUCCUAGAGAAUCAUAGGAUUGCAAUUUUAGAGCAGGAAGGAGAAGAUUCCUGCUUCUGUAACCACACACACACACACACACACACACACACACACACACACACACACAUCUCCCGACAAAAUCUAGGCUCAACCUCAUCCGUUUUCUCUAGACAGCAGCAGCCUGGAGGCUCAUACCCAGGGUCCCUUUCAACUUUUCUCUCACUUUAAACCCUCCCCUACACACACACACACACACACACACACACACACACACACACACACACAUACACACAUACACAUAUACACAUACACACACACACACACAGAGGCACACACCCCAUAUACCCUGAAGCCUCAGGCCUUCCAGCUAAACCAAUGGGUGCUGGGCAUGGUACCAUUUGUCAUGGAGGGCUGCUGGACAUGGUACCAUUUGUUAUGGAGGGCCACUGGAUAGAGCCUAUCCCCAGGACCCUUCAGGGGUGGAUACAUGGCAGAAAUUGGGGGAUAGAUUAGGACCGAAGCUCUGAGUUCCCAGAGCAAAGAAGGCGUAAUAUCCUGGGGAUAGUGGGGUAAGAGAAAUGACCACCCACUUUUUCUGUCCCCGUGGUCCAGAAUGCCAUUUCCCAAGUGGUAGGCCCAUCCUGUCCUUCAGAGAGAAGGAUCCCCUCCUCUUCCUCGACUAUGAGCACAUACACAUACAUGGGUACAUAUGUGCAUGCCCCUCUGUGCCCUGCUCUGCACGCCUGCCCACAAUCAUGUUCACCCAUGCACAAAUCCUGUCCCACCCACCCCCCAGCUCAGGCAGCUCUAUCCCAUUUCCCCCAAACCUCUGGCUAGAGCAGCCCCUUUGGAUCCCAGUCCUGGGUGGAGGUCAAAUGGAAAUAGACCCUUAAUGAAGGCAAGCUUUGUUUCAAAAGGUACUGAAGAGAAUCCUUAAUCUAGGGCUCUGUUACCCAGGGCAAGAGGUAAUGCCAUGACAGUUCAAGCCUAGGUCCGCAUCUCUCCUUCUCCUCGUCUUUCCUCCUCUAGCUUCCUGCCUCCUUUCAUCCCUCUCCUCCUUCUUCCUUGUUCUCAGACUCAGCUGUCCCCUUUAGCUCCCAUGUCUCCCAAUGGCCCAUUUCCAAAGUGGAGCCAAGGGCUUAACAUGUGUGGCAUGUGUUGCUGGGGACAGGGAAGGUACUCACCUAGGUUUUGCUUUGAAACAGGCAUUUAGGUUUUCUGUUCCCAUCCCCUGAAACAUUCCCCAAAUCUUCAGUAGGGGGAGAGGUGUUGGUUUCCCCUCAUGGGGAAAUUGAGGUACAGUACCACCAGGCAAUCUGAAUGAUGCUGUAUUGAGCUUAGAGCGAAGUUAAGGGUCUCACUUUUUUACUCCCAAUUCAGAUGGUUCUGUUGUUCCAUAACCACUGUGAGGCCUGGGGUAAUCCAAGGAUGUGGUUGGGGGGAUGCUUAGGGUCUCCCCUUCAGAUCCUGAUUCCUCACCCUCCUUAUUUCAGGGAGACCCUAUUGACUCAGGCCAAAUUCCCUCUUCCUCUUCCUGGGUACAUCAUUUAGAGCCAUGGCCUGAAGCAGGACUGCAAGCCCACAGAUAAACACUGACAGUCCCCGCCAUUGGAAUCUUCUUCCUUUUGGUGGGAGAUGGGGGAUCAAGAGAAGAAUAUUGAAGGAGAAAGGGUCUAAGGUCUAAGGAUCACCUCAGGGUUUUGCUAGAGGAGGCUUGAAAGUGGAAAGUAUGUGUAGGGAUGGUUCUGAAUGGAUAAUUGUUCCUGGGACUGAGUAUAGUAGCCCCAGAUGGCUUCAGAUAUCUGUUCAGCUAAGGCUCUCUCUUCCUGUUCUCAACCCACCCCAUUGUUGAUAUGGCUCCUUCUCUCCUCUGUACCUGGAUCUCUCAUCCAUAUAGAUGGGACAGGCAUUUGCUGAGCAUUGUCCCCCUCUUCUCCACCUCCUGCCCCUUGAGACAGGAGCCACCAAACUGGGGACCAGGGGCCUAGAGUUAGAUCUGUCCCCUCCCCUCCUAGGAAGAAGCUUCCAUUGGGUUCCCCAAAUAUAGCUAUGGGUGCUGGAAUAAACUCUCUGUGUCCACCAAGCUUCCAAAGGUCCUUUUUGCUCUGAAGGCCAAUGGGAUAGGCAUGGGUUUUUUCAGCACUGCAACCCAAUCUUAAAAGUCUUCAUGCUUUGGGGUUUGGGAACCCUAUGUAGGCUGGGACCCUGACCCCAUAAGGACAACUCCAACCAGCAACUCUGAUCUUCCACGGAAUCUUGGUGGGGGAAAAGGGCUUCUUUAUUGGCCACCCCUGACCCAACUUCUUCCCCCCCCCACCCCCACUCCACCCACCCCAGAUGGUCUCUGAUGAUGGCCGCAUAAGAUCCUAAACCAUUUGGAAGUCCUGGAUUCUGGAAUCGAAAGCUGGCACCAGCCUAGCAAGAGAGCUGAGGAGGGGAAGUUGGGUCCCCUCCCAUUCCAAACAGGAGAUCCCCAGGAGACACCGCUCCCCCUCACCUCAUCCUGGGACAGACACCAUCAUGGGAGCGAAGAGAUUAUUUCUGAUUGGAAGAGAUGAACCUAUCCCUAAAGCUACCCUCCCCCCAACUCCUCCCCCCACAGAGAGAGACAGAGAGAGAGAGACAGAGAGAGAGAGAGUUUGAGAGAGAGAGAGAGAGAGAGAGAGAGAGAGAGAGAGAGAGAGAGAGAGAGAGAGAGAGAGAGAGAGAGAGAGAGAGAUUGAAAGAGAGAAUGAGAGAGAGAGCAAUACUGUUGAAGUGAAACAGAGAAAUGAUUUGACAGCCCAAAGAUUUUUCCUGUACCCUUGGAGCCAGACCAUCUGGCCUGGGGCUCCGGGCUGACUUGGUCCUAAGCCAGUUUUCUCAACCCCCCUCCUCUGCUUUGUGCCCCCUGGGGUCAGGGAGGGGAACGGGAGAGGUGUUCAUUGGUCCAAAGUAUUAAAGUAACUGAAGCUGUGAUAUUUCCAACUACUGUAGGAGGAAAAUAAAAGGGAGAUAGGAAAAAAAAAUCAACCCUGAAAACCAUUUUCUUACUGUACAUAACAACCUCAUUCUCCUGUAUAUGCGGAAGAUAUAACCUUAUAUUUGGUAAGUGUUUCUUGUGCUAUUUUAUCACGUGACCUGUUUAUAAAAAUAUAUAUUAAAAAAAGUUGCAAAAA